UCCUAUUUCUUGGCACUUUUUUUUCUCUUCCUUUUCACUGAAUGUCAUUAUUUACUGCCCUUCAGUAAUAUAGACCUUUAACGAAUGUUAUCACGUACCAAGGUCGAGAAUAUCCUCAGUCUCAUGCUGAAUGGAAUUAAUAUCGGCCUCUAUCUACUCGUCAUUGCUGCGGCCAUCUUGAAAGCCAUCGAUGGAAAUUUCUCGCAGAUUGUGAUGUGCAUCUAUGGAAUUGUGAUUGCCAUACUGCUCAUUAUCAACGAAGUCAAAUCGUCCGAAAUAGCCCUUCAAUAUUUCCGCUUUCUCAGUAUCUACAAAGGCCGAGGCAUGAUCCUCAUCUUUUUCGGCUGUCUUGUUCUCGAUUUCGGGGUGGCCAACAUUAUUGCCGGCACACUGAACCUCGGCUUCGGCUUUGCAUACAUGAUCCUAUCUUACGUUUCAUCAUUUCCCCCUCCCAACCCGAUCAUGAUCAACUGGCAAAACUGGAAAGACUUUUCAGCCGAAGGCUUGGACCUCGCGCGGCCGAAACAUUAUACAGUAGAGCAAUGUGGCGGUAAGGUUGAAAUCGCCACCUCCACCUACAUCUUCCGUUUCCCCUGAAUUCUCGAGCCGAUAUGCCAACCAAAUAGACUUGGGUCAGGCUCAAACGCGAUCACCCACACGGUAUCAUCCACCGGCAUCGGCACCUCCUAUGGCGCUUCACGAUCCUGGCCAUUAUGGUCACCCAUAUCGUUCGCCAUUUGCAAUCUAGGCACCAUGUUUGCGCCGGUCUCACGUCGAAUCUGAUGGUGAAAUCAUGUAUUGUACAUAACUAUUCCUUCCUUUGAUGUAAAUAGAACCAUUGUCAAUGAAAAAUGAAAGCAAGUGUGCGAGAAUCGAGUAUAUUAAUCU